CGGUUUCAAAUCUUGUGUAGGGGAUCUCAGACUGCGUUGUCCCUGCUUUUUGGUGUUGAGCCUGUAUGAGAGCACGUGACAGUACGGGCACGGACAUCUGAAGACGUUCCCAGCAUCCAACCAUCACUCCUCCAUCAAAACGCGAGUUCCAUUGAAACAACACUAUUUCUACUCGUAUUCAACUUCUGUAUGAGCAUUAAUCAUUCUGCUUAAUAUGGCAAAUCCUCAAUCUCACAUAUCUGCACGAUCCUUCGAACCCACCCCUCGACUGCUCGCCUCAGCUCUAGCAACUGGCCCUGCAGUAGAGACCGCUAAAGCAAUAAGACCAGCAUACAUCCCUAUUCACAUAGAUUUCCGCGCCGUGGAGCAAGAUUAUGAUGAAUUCUGCAAACAGAACCAGAAAUUACUUCAAGAAACACUCGGACGACCAGCGAUUAUCCUACACAAGUACACGCUUCUACUUCAAAGUGGAAUUUUUCGCUUGGAUUCAAGAACAGUCAUGGUGGGUGCGGUAGUAUUGCAUAAAACGGACGAUUUGAACAGCGUUAUUGAAGGAGAGUCUGGUAAGAAGGACUUGGUGUGGGGAGAGGUUGGAAUGGUGCAUUUUAUUCCGGGUAAUUCGUCGAUCACUUCUGUUGGGAAAGGGUCGGUGGUUUGUUUUAUUGUUUUUUAUGGUAAUGUACCAUGAGUACCUCCCCGCUAUAUCCACUGCCGUGCUCCCUGCCCUGAAUCACCUUUGAGAAGUA